CACCAGCCAAACGACAUCACCAUGAUUUGUAGCCGCUGCCUCCACAGGGCGUCAGCUCUACCACAGCGUAUACAGCACACGUUUCUCCGUUCCCUUACGAAUUCUGCGCCCAGCGCCUUACCAGCGGCCCCAGCAACCUCUACGGGACCAACAAUCUCGACACCUCUACCUCCUAAGCCAAAGGCAAAAGCCCCCCUACCGGUAUCCGCCGCGCCGGCCGGGAUGAUAUUGAAGGGGUUAAACUAUUUAAAGGGCAGAGAUGAUCUUACGGCACUCGCUGAGGAGGAGUACCCAGAGUGGCUGUGGAAGUGCUUAGACAUGGACAAGACGGGCAACGCCAGAGACGAGGUUGAGGGAGAUGAGUUCUCUAAAUCCAAAAAGACCCGUCGUUUAGUGGCGAAGAGGCAACGGAAGCUCGAAGCCCGCCUGAUCGCGUCUGGCGACACCGAAUCUCUCAUUCCAAAGGUCCCGUUGCAGCAGCAGACAAUUGAUCUGCCGUCCAACGAGCAGGGUAGCGUCGAGGGUGCUUUGGAUGCUGUAGCGAAGAGAGACGAGCUGACGAAGGCGAUGAGGGGAGAGAGGAGGGCGAAGAUCAAGGAGACGAACUUCUUGAAGGGCAUGAACUAGUCAAUGGACUUGGCUGUAACAACAUCCGGGGGAUUUUUGUGUUGUAUAUUUCGAGGGUUACACAGGAUACAUCAGAAUUAAGAAAGCGCAUAUCACUGCAGGUACAUCUGGACUAUUAUAUGU